AUGCCUAACAACAGCCGCGUCCGCCGCUGCACACAGACCAGGCACUGCUGCUGGAGGGUGCAGUGCUGCGAAACCCUAGCGACAGGGGUGGUGCCCAGCCAGAUCGGCUCUGCAAGCCAGGCUCUAGCAUGGAUGACGCCUGAUGGGCGUUCCCCUCCCCACCUGGCCGGGCCGCGUGCCCGCAUCCGCAUCGGCUGCCCCUUGGUGCCGUGCGCGCUCGGUCGCUGGGAGCGCCAGUCGCGCGGGCUGGCGGUCGGCCGCGACGCGCGGGACGCGCUGCAGCCGGUGCUGCAGUACGUGAAGUCGGAGCAGGCGGCGGUCAAGGACAGCACCAUGAAGCAGGAGGUUGACCUGCUGCAGAAGCUCGUUGACCUCAAGCCGUAG